GAAUGUAUAUAACACUCAAUGGCUGAUCACUGAAUCUAUAAAUCAUUCUUGGAUUGGUUUUCCCAUAGCCAAUGUUCCAUUUGAUCUUGCCGUCACAUCACAACCGGUUAAUCCGUUUGCUCGUUCAAAAGAAAGUGAAUAAUAGAAGAAAAUGAAAUAGUCAAAUGAAUGAUAUGGUAAAUAAGUUAUUAUAAUCUACGACAAGAUGAUUGUGCUACAAAGUACUUCACCUGGAGUGAAAAUUUUCAUAGUUGUCCUACUUUCGCUAAUUGAAUUAUCUAAGCAGGACUGUGUAUGGUAUGGUGUAUGUAAUACUGAUAGUCUUAAUCAUCAUCAAUAUUGUCCCUACAAUGGCACCGCCAAACCUAUGUCUGAUGAAGGGCUAAAACUGAUAAAAGAAAGAUGUGGUUUUUUACUUGAAAAUAACGAAAAGAAUUUUUGCUGUGACACUGAUCAGAUGAAAAUAUUAAAUGAUAAUGUUAAAUUAGCAGCUGCUAUUCUUGAUAGAUGUCCAUCGUGUAUGGUAAAUUUAGUUCGCCAUAUUUGCGAAUUUACAUGCUCUCCAGUUCAAUCCGAAUUUGCAAAAAUUGUUUCAACGGAAAUUAAUAAUGGUGUAGCAUACAUUACAUCUUUAGAUUUACACAUAACAGAAGAAUAUGUUAACAAAACUUAUAAGUCGUGCUCUCAGGUAUCAGUGCCCCAAACAGGUCAAUUAGCGUUGGACCUAAUGUGUGGUUCAUAUCCGGCCUCACGUUGCAGUCCUACAAAAUGGUUUACUUUUAUGGGCGACAAACAUAUUAAUGUAUAUGCUCCUUUUCAAAUCACAUAUAAGCAAAGUCCGACAAACUCCUCAAUGGAUGGAUUCACCCCUCUUAAUCCUAAAACAACUCCUUGCAAUAAAGCUAUUAAUAGCGAACUUCCUGCAUGUUCUUGUUCAGAUUGCGAUUUGUCAUGUCCUCUAGCUCCCGAUGAGCCGAUUACACCACCUCAGUUUAAAAUUGCCGGAUUUGAUGCUUUUGCUGUUAUAAUGACAGUGGUAUUUUCUGUAGGAUCACUUGUAUUCCUAAUGGGAUCAUUUCUAUUUACUAAAGACUCAAUAAAUGAUGAUGAUUUUCACAUUGGUAAUGAUGGAGUAACAGAUGAUUCAAUGUAUAAACAGGAACCAAGAUAUUUUGAAAAACUUGGUGCACGUACAGAAUUCUUCUUGGAAAACUUUUUUACAAGAUGGGGUACUUUUUUUGCAAGUUAUCCGUGGAUUACUUUGCUUGGAGGCGUGGUAGUAGUAGCAGUUCUUGGAUAUGGUAUAACGUUUGUACAAAUAACAACGGAUCCUGUCAAACUUUGGGCAUCACCUUCUUCCAAGUCGAGAAUGGAAAGAGAAUUCUUCGAUUCAAAGUUUGAACCUUUUUAUAGAAUAGAACAAGUUAUAAUCAAAGCCGUGGAUUUGCCAUAUAUUAUUCACAACACUUCAAAUGGACCAAUCAAGUUUGGUCCAAUUUUUGAUAAGAAUUUUCUUCUUAACGUCUUGGACUUGCAAGAACAAAUACAGAAUCUCAACGCAAGUGGUACAUCCUUAAAUAAUAUAUGCUUUGCACCCCUGAAGGAUGAAGACAGUACUGUUAUGCCGUCUGAUUGUGUUGUGCAAUCUAUAUGGGGUUAUUUUAAUGAUGAUAGAGAUAGAUUAAAUGAUCAAGAUGAGGAUAAUGGAUAUAAUGUUACCUACUUAGAUGAAAUGUACCAGUGCAUGAGCAAUCCAUACUUGUGUUUAGCUGCUUACGGUGGACCCGUGGAUCCUGCUAUUGCUUUAGGCGGCUUCUUAAAACCUGGUGAUCAGCUAACAGGGAGCACUAAAUAUGAGCUUGCUGAUGCGAUAAUUUUAACAUUUUUGGUUAAAAAUCAUCAUGAUAGAAGCCAGUUAGUUCAAGCAUUGGAAUGGGAAAAGUACUUUGUUGAGUUUAUGAUUAACUAUAUUAGGAAUAACAAGAGUGAAUCAAUGGACAUUGCAUUCACGAGCGAGCGAUCUAUUGAGGAUGAAUUGAAUAGAGAAUCGCAGUCAGACGUAUUAACCAUUUUAGUAUCAUAUAUUAUCAUGUUCAUUUACAUAGCAAUAUCUCUAGGACAUGUCCAAGAGCUUAAAAGAUCUCUAAUUGAUAGUAAGAUAACUCUGGGUAUAGGCGGGGUUAUUAUUGUCUUGGCGUCCGUAUCUUCAUCUGUUGGAGUAUUUGGAUACAUAGGCUUACCAGCAACUCUAAUUAUUGUUGAAGUAAUACCAUUUUUGGUGCUGGCCGUCGGAGUUGAUAAUAUAUUUAUUCUUGUGCAGACUUAUCAAAGAGAUCAGCGCAGAACUAAUGAGACAACGGAACAACAGGUAGGACGUGUCCUAGGUCGCGUAGGUCCAAGCAUGCUUUUGACAUCUAUAAGUGAAAGCUGUUGCUUCUUUCUUGGUGGUCUAUCUGAUAUGCCAGCGGUAAAGGCAUUUGCGUUGUAUGCGGGAGUAGCUCUACUAAUUGAUUUUAUUUUGCAAAUCACGUGUUUUGUUGGAUUGUUCACUUUAGAUAUAAAACGAAAAGAAGAAAAUCGUCUAGAUAUAUGUUGUUUUGUGAAAUGUAAGAAAUCAGACAAUAUGUACACAAAUGAAGGUCUUUUAUAUAAAUUUUUUAGAGGUGCCUAUGUUCCAUUUCUGAUGAAAAAGACUGUGAGGGCGUUUAUAAUGAUUAUAUUUUUUGCCUGGCUCUGUGUUAGCAUAGCUAUUGUUCCAAAAAUUGAUAUAGGUCUUGAUCAGGAACUGGCAAUGCCCGAAGAUAGUUUUGUUUUGCAUUAUUUUCAAUCUCUAAAUGAACACCUUAAUAUUGGUCCCCCCGUAUAUUUUGUACUUAAGGGGGAUAUUGAUUUUGCAAAUAGUUCCAAUCAGAACUUGGUAUGCUCUGGACGAUAUUGCAAUGAUGACAGUGUUUUAACACAGAUAUAUUUGGCCAGCCGAAGGUCAAACUUAACUUAUAUUGCUCGUCCUGCAUCAAGUUGGAUGGACGAUUAUUUUGAUUGGUCUUUCUCUUCAUCUUGUUGCAAGUAUAAUUCGGACAAUGGGAGCUUCUGUCCGCAUACAGAUACUUCCUGUACGAAAUGCAAUAUAACCAAAAAUCAUUUCCAACGACCGAGUCAGCAUGAUUUUGGAAAAUAUCUACCAUUUUUCUUGAAGGACAAUCCUGAUGACAUCUGUGUUAAAGCAGGUCAUGCUGCGUAUAGUACGGCAGUGCGUUAUAAUUAUAAUAACAACUCUCUUAAUGUGGAGUCUUCAUAUUUUAUGGCAUACCAUUCAAUAUUGAAAACAUCAUCCGACUAUUUCUUAGCUUUAGAAUCGGCCAGAAAGAUAUCUGCUAACAUUACGCAAAUGUUGCAACACAACCUAAUUUCUGACGGACUACCAAUGGACUUGGCAUUGCAAGUCGAAGUAUUUCCUUAUUCAGUAUUCUAUGUGUUCUACGAACAAUAUUUAACCAUGUGGUCAGAUACAUUACAAAGCAUGGGCAUCUCAAUACUUUCCAUUUUUAUAGUAACAUUUAUUUUAAUGGGCUUCGAUAUACAUUCCGCUCUUGUUGUAAUAAUCACUAUAACAAUGAUAGUCGUUAACCUUGGAGGCCUUAUGUAUUACUGGAAUAUCUCCUUAAAUGCUGUUUCCUUGGUCAACCUUGUUAUGGCUGUAGGAAUUUCUGUUGAGUUUUGUUCGCAUCUUGUGCACAGUUUUGCUCUUUCAAAGGAGCUCACUCAAGUAACUAGAGCAGCUGAUAGCUUGUCUAAAAUGGGUAGUUCGAUAUUUUCAGGCAUAACGCUUACUAAAUUUGCAGGAAUAUUAGUGUUAGCUUUUGCGAAAAGUCAAAUUUUUCAAGUAUUUUAUUUCCGUAUGUACUUUGGAAUUGUUGUAAUUGGAGCAACUCACGGGCUUAUCUUUCUGCCUGUGCUUUUAAGUUACAUUGGUGCACCUCAAAAUAAUGCACGGCUUGAAUCUCACCACCAAGACAAUGGUGAACAGGAAACAUCUUUAUCGGGGGUUAGAUAAUUUUAGUUAAAGACAUUUUUUAAAAGUUAUACAAAUUCUGCAUCAAUUCAAAAUUGUUAAAAAUCAAAUUAGGUCACGACAUUUUGUCAGAAAUUGUAUUAUUAAAAUAUUUUUGUUGAUAGACAUUUAAAAGAAUCCUUUGUAACACCAUUGAGUUGUUUAGUUUUUGUUUUCUUCUUAAAAUGUACAUGUAAACUGGCUGAGGGUGUGAUAAUUUUUAACCGAUAUUUACAUAUGUACAUAGGUAUUAAACGCUAAUAAAGAAUAACAAGAAAA